GGAAGUCAAGAAGCAGCCAUUGAAGCGCGUAGUUCAAUUCGACCAGGGAUGCAAUUCAGCUACGACAAAACGUAAAGUCGUAGUAAAUCCUUGCGGUAUGGAAAGCACUUUGUUUAUUGUUUGAAUAAAUAUUAUGAAGCGGUAUAUUUUUUUUAACAGUUCGACAGAAGACACAUCGGAAUAGGUACUUUUGUCGUUGCCCAUAAGACGUUUUGAUUCACCGUCGGUUAGCUUAGCUAACAGUUAAUAGUGUUUGUUAAAGACCGUCGUUACUUUUCUGUCGCUGUUAUGGGAGACGGUGAGCUGAGUCUCAUUGACAAGAAUAUAAAAAGUUUGCUGGAUAUUCCGCUGAGUCCUACAGUGACAUCAGUCAAUCUGCACUGUAAUCACAUCCCAAGAAUCGAAGGCUUAACUUCAGCUUGGCACCUGCGGCACCUGGACCUUUCUUCCAAUUACAUUUCUAAGAUCGAAGGUCUAGUUUCUCUUACCUCUCUCAGGACCUUAAAUUUAUCUUGUAACCUAAUUACAAAGGUUGAAGGUUUAAAUGGCCUUGUGAACCUAACAAGAUUAAACCUCUCCUACAAUCAAAUAAAUAACCUUACUGGGUUUUUGUAUCUUAAUGACACAAAGUACAAGCUGAAGCACCUCAGUCUCCAUAGCAACAACUUGGACUGCAUUGAUCACCUGCUGCAGUGCCUGCUGGGAUUGCAAAGCUUAAGAGAAGUCACUUUCAGCCAGGAUGGCAGUGACAACCCUGUGUGUAGAUUAAAAGGAUACAGGGAUAUUGUCAUACAGUCUUUACCGCAAAUCUCUGUCCUUGAUGGCCUAGAUCGACUUGGAAAUCUAUCACAUCAUGGUCUAAGUAGUCCCUGUGACAUCCCUGGUCUGGAGAACUACGUGGACCUCCUUCUUUCCUCAGAUACAAGCCACAGUGAAAUUCCAAGAAAUGAAGGACAUAUCAUCACACCCCAAAUCGACAGAGUUCUGAAUCAUUUUCAUCAGAGGAUCUGCAAUGUUACUAGUCCACCCGUGCAAAAAUCCCAUCAGGAGUUUCACACACUGAAUGAAAACCCCAAUAAUGAACAACGUCUGAGGAAACUGGAGCACCAGGUGUCCCAGCUCAUCGAGCAGGUUCCCACCAGUGACAAAUCCACUCCCUCUAGUAAACCUUUGGUGACAUCACGAAAAGUUAAACGAGUCACUGGUCGCACCUCAGAGAGCGAGUGUGAAAGUGGGAAGGAGAACAAAAACAGCAGGAUUCCCAGACGUCGUACCAAUGUAACAACAAGGGUAACUGGCAAGGAGAUCAGGAACAAACCAGAUAGUCCUGACAGAACUGGAACAACAAGGAGUGAACCUUUAAGAUCCACCAAAGUAUUAGACAAUGUGGGAAAGAAGUCUGCUGAAGAGGUGGAAACAUAUAGGGCUAUUGUUGAGGAACGUGAUCAAGAGAGGGAGAGGCGUUGGAAGGCUGAACAGGCUGUGAGAAAACUCACUGAGGAGUUAAAGUGCCUGCAGACAAAGGUCUGUGAGGAAAAAGACAUUCAAAGCAUGGCAAUGCACACAACAGACAGACUGAAAGAAGUAUUGCUGAAGGAGCGAUCAGGGCACUGUGAACUGCAGUCUCGUCUAGAGCAGCUGGAGGGGAGGUGUCGGUGCCUAACCCAGCAACUGGAUAAGGCCCGAGGCAGUGAAGAACAACAUAAGACUGCACUGAAGCGACUGGAGGAAAGCAUUUCUCAUGGAGAGGCACUCCAAGUUUGCCAGCAGGCAGAAGAGAAGAAGCAUUAUCAGGAACUGGAAAACAAGGCAGCAGCUCUGAAGAGGGAGUUAGACAUUCAGAGAGUGUCUGUUCGCCAGCACAAGGACAAAGUGCAGCAGCUUCAGGAACUGCUUGCAACAAGGGAACAAGAACACAGAAAACAGUUGGAUUUGCGUAUGCAACCUGAUGGGGUGGACUUUCGUGAGGCAGUGGCAAAAGAAGUUGCACUGUUCAAAGAGCGACACACUCGCAGAGAAGUGGAGCUGCAAGAAAAAUUGGCUGAGGGCAGAAAUCAGUACACUGCUCUGGAGGAUGAAUUCCGCAUGGCACUGACCAUUGAGGCUUCUCGCUUUUCUGAGGUGAAGGGGGCUUAUGAUCAAGUGAAUGUAGAGCUGAUGGCACUCAAGGGAACCCUGGUCCAGUCCCAGCAAAUGGAAAAGAAAUCAGGCUGUCUGGUGCAGGAGCUCACAGUCGUCGUCAAAGAGCAGAAGAAACGAAUCUCCGAACUCGUCAGAUCAAAGAGAGACACUGUCACUGACUUAAAGAGUCGUCUGCGUUCUUUGGAAGAAGAGUUGGAGAAGGAUAGGCGUCUCGGCGUGCAACUGGAAAUGCUUAGAAAAGACAAGGCACGUCUGUUUUCCCAACUCACAGCACAGGAGUCGGUGAUUGAUGGCUUGAGGGCAGAGAGGCGACUCUGGGGCCAAGAGCUCGCUCAGCAAGGUGCAUCCUUAGCUCAGGAUCGUGGACGUCUGGAGGCUAGAAUAGAGGUACUGAGCACUGAGUUGGAGACACAGAAGAAACAGAAUGAAAGUGAAAAUGCUUCCCUCAAAAUUAAAGCUAAAAUCAUUGAUGACCAAACAGAAACAAUCCAAAAACUCAAGCAGACUUUGCUGGAGCGAGAUGAUAGGAUUCGGAGGCUGACGGAGGAGACAGCACAGGUGCAGAAGAGACUUCAGCAGCAGCAGGAGGAGUUGACAGAGCAGCAAGAACAUCUCAGCUUGCGAAAGGAGGAGCUAAAACAACACUUGGAGGACAAAGAGGCUGAACUUGAGGAGGUCAAGAGAGUUUACAGAGAUUCAAACACAAAGUGGCAGGAGAAGACAGACCUGCUGACUCAGUUGGAGAGCCAGGUAAAACGCAUGAAGGAGAACUUUGAUUCCAAGGAACGCCUGUUGCUGGAAGAAAAGGAUAAAGCAACAGAAGCUCAUAAAGCUGCUGUUGAACGGUUGCGCUGUGUGGAUGAUGCUUUUCGGCGACAACUGGAGUCUGUCCAGGCUGCACAUCAAGCUGAGCUGUUUCGGCUAGCAAAUGUAAAGCAGAAAGAGAUCGAACAGGCAAAUGAAAAGGUGUUUGAAGUGGAGGAAGAAAUGCGCCAGCUUCUGAAUGAGACAGAGACUAAUAAGAGAAUAAUGGAGGAAAAAAUGAAACGACUUACAAGUGUACUAAAAGACUUUUAAUCCAUCCAAUGUCAUACAUUUUGCAAAUACAUAUACUGUAGAUACAACUUAAGUAGAAUUACAAUUUUAUAUAAUUUUAAUAUAAAAUUAUUUAUCAAAUUAAAUAUUGCUGCCAGUCUUUAUUGUUAUGAACUGAAAAAAUGAUACAUGAAUGGGAAAAAAACGUGAGAAA